UCGGGAUUUCGUGUCAAAUUUUUGAUUGGAAAAAGUAAACGCGAUCUAAUAUAAAGAAAUUGUUGCAGAGGAGGUUUGCAAAGCAAUCUCAUAUUGUGAAGUGCAACAAAUACGAGUAGUGUGAUUUUGUUACAGUGAAAAUAUUAAAAUAAGUGAAAAUAUGGCGAAUGUGCGGGACAGCGACACUUCAUUGUGGCUGCAUAACAAACUCGGCACUUCGAACGAUUCGUGGAUAAGUGGGUCGAUAUGCUCGCAACUUAACAAGGAAGUGCUGCGCAACAUAAAGGAGUGUUUUCCGGAUUUGCAGACUCAAGUGAAACUGAAAUUAUUGCUAAGUUUUUUCCAUAUACCACGACGGCUGGUAGAAGAGUGGAAAGUUGAAUUAGAGGAAGUAAUUGAAGUGGCCGGCUUGGAUUCGGAGCUGUGGGUCUCAAUGUUGGCGGAGACUAUGAAAACUUUUCCAGCGACUAGCUCGCUAAAUACAGAAAUCUCAGAAUAUGAAGAUACACGACCUAUAUUCACUGAUAUGGUUAAUGACUUACGGAAAUUAGUCAGUAAGCACAGCGAUCUAGGCAUGCUUCCAUUAGAAUGUUUAUAUUUAAACAAAAAUGCCUUGGUGUCAGUGGUGGGACAGCAGCCAAAUCCCGUGAAGCAUUUUACCAUAAAACGAAAACCUAAAAGUGCCAAUUUACGAACUGAACUUCUCCAUAAAUCAGCAGACGCACAAUCCUCUUUAAAAAAAUCGUCUGCUCCAACAAUACCAUUGCGAUCACGUGGUAUGCCACGAAAAAUGACGGAUACAACUCCGCUGAAAGGUAUUCCGUCGCGAGUGCCUUCUUUAGGUUUUCGAACGCCUAAUGUAUCUGGAGCACCACAACGCCCAAACCUAAGUCGCACGCCAGCGGGACGAAAGGACGGUGGAAUAAAAUUGAUCGAACUUUCGGAACAACCCUUGGGUUAUGCUGCCGCCAAGAAACGUAAACGAGAACAACAAUUAGAAGAACAACAAAAGAAACAAGAACAGAAACAAAUAGCGACGGCAGCUCAAGCGGAAAUCAUUUCACCAUUAGCUACAUCACCAACACAAACAAGUGGUUCUAGCAAUGCUGUAGGCGGCGCCACAACACCUUCGUCUACCCCAACUGUCGAAAUCAAGACAGAGGCAGGUGCCAGCUUAAAUCAAAGCAGUUCUAUCGAUGAUAUGUUAACGGAUAGUAAAGACAAUGUGUUGACCACUAAGAUUGAACCAUCGACACCAGAAUACGCUCAGUCUUUAGGCUACACUCAACCAACAUCACCUAAGUUGGUAGAGAGCAAGCCGCAAAUUAAAUCUAUUGACAUACCAUCCACAUGCGUAGCCAACUCGAUUUUGACAUCCACAUCCACUGCCACAAUUGCAACGCCAACGAAAGUGAGCAGCAUGUCCACACAAACACAAACGCAAAUUCGAACACCAACACAAACUCAAGUCAAUAACAAUAGUAAUAAUUUGAAUCACGGCCACAAAAGAAUUAAACAAGAGAUUGAAAUUAAGAGUGAAGAGAUUUUAAUGCCACCUAAUAUUAAAGUGGAAAAGAUCGAACCACAAACGCAGCCUACAUUGUUGACACAGCAACUGCCUCAAACGCCGACUCGUUUGCAGCAGCGAAUAAUUAUACAACAGCAAAAAACACCGCAACAACAGCCCUUACAAGCACAACAACAGACAAUGCAACAGCAGACCACACAACAUGUCCUUAUACGUGCCGCACCUCAACAACAAAAACAAACGCUUAGCGGGCUAACAUUGAGUGGUAGCGGAACAACCGUGACUAGGCAAAAAAUUAACACAAGCAACACAUCGCCAACUAAUGCCAAUACGAUGAUAAAAAUGGAGAAGUUAGAUAUAAAACCAAUAACGACAAAGAGUCCUGUAUCGAACACCACCAUGUCGACUAAUAUUUACACCCAACAGCAGUUGAGACAGACCAACAAUCCAUUGGCGAAUUUGCCAAAUAAUAUUUCGGUGAAAAUAACAUCGACUAAAUCACCGAAAGCUCAGUCAAUACCUCAGCAAAGCGUUCAGCAGCAGCAGCAGCAACAGCAACAACAACAACAACCAAUACUAAUUAACAGCUCAACACCGGUGAUAAUUUCCUCAACAGCAGCACCAGUUUCGAGACCGAAGCAACUUGUUUCGUCUGGCACGUCGACAACAACAACGGCACAAUCCAUUAAGUCUAUGCCGCUGAGUCAGCUAAAGACUGCCGCUAACAGUGGACCUGUUAUUAUAUCGCAGACAAUCAUACAACCAGCUAAGCGUACAGCUAACUCGGCUACCAACCUUCAAGCGCAUCAACAGCAGCAACAACAACAACAUACUCAUAUACAACAAUCAACUAUACAACAGUCAGUUAGUACAUCUAACGCACCCACACAAUAUAUCUUGACUACGUCAGCAACACAACCACAACAGCAACAACAACAACAACAACAACUACAAACCGCUACAAUGCCGACACUGACUUCCUUCGCGCGGCCAACUCAACAGAACACCACUACCCUAUACCAAACUGGCGCAUCGGCGAACCCGCAAACACCCACGAAGAUACUCUUGAAAACCUCACCGUCAGGUGUUAUGAUGACACCGGUACGCCAGCAACAGACAUCGAACACAAGUAGUGGAAAUCCGCCGCCUCUAAUAGCAACUUCAUCAACGCAACAACACCAACAGCCUACUUUACUAAAUAUUCAAAAUGUACAGCUGCCCAAUCGCCCAGUCACCAUACAGCCAGCCUCACAAGCAGCCCAACAACAACAUAUGCAAGCGCAAUUACAGCAACAACAGCCACAACAUACGAUCGUCUCAAAUACAAGCGCUACGCAACAACCGAAACUAACGCAAGUACUCGUACAAUCCACGAAUCCAGCCGGUGUUGGUGGCUCCGUAGGCAACGUGGGUGGCGUGAAUGUGGGGAAUGCUAAUGCAAAUAUGAAGAAUAAGACGAUCAUACUGACACAGAAGGGUGUUAUACUGCGGAAUAUCGGCGGCGAUAUGUACCAGCAGAUACCCAUAAGCAAUAUGAGUGGCUUGCAAGGUCUAAAUACCAGCGCCGGCACUACAUUAAUGACUACAACCACCGGUGGGCCACCGAGCCUGGUGAAGACCACACCAAGUGGUGUGCAGACAGCACAAACAAUACAACUGCAACAACAAAGUGGAAAUCAAGCGAAACAACAACAACAUAUACCAACACUAAUACCCACAAAUACGCUAUCAUCGCAACACAUGAUCGUGCAGCAGCCGACACAAACGAACCUCAUUAAUGCGCCUACCCAGCAGACCAUAAUAAGACCGGUUAUAUCAAAUGUACAGGGCAAUAGCUUAACAACAUUGCCGCAAGGUCUAACGCUGAUCCAGCGUCCUGGCCAACAGCCGCAGUUCGUGCAGGUGCAGACCGCCAACAACUCCACGGGUGUGGGACAGCAGCAGCAGACGCAAAUACAGCGCACCAUAAUAACGCAGCCGACUCAGCAGCAGCAACAACAAAUGCGGCCACAGCAGAUCGUAUUGCAGCACAAGACGCAGCCGCAACAACGAAUUAUUACGACCGCGCAAACGGCGAGCGGUCAGCCACAGCAAAUACAAAUUCAGCAAGGCGCUUCAACGGCUAACAUGCCGCGCGCCACACACAUCGUGCAGGUGACACAGCAGGCGCAGCAGCAACAACAGCCACAGGCACAACAGGCACCCCAACGCAAAGGACUCUCAUUAUCGAACGAGCAUGUCCAUAAAGCGCACGAAAUGUUCCGCAAGGCGAAUCGCGUUUCACGUCCGGACAAGGCGCUCAUAUUGGGCUUCAUGGCGGGCAUGCGUGAGAAUCCACGCCCCAACUCGGAGAAUGUCAUAGUUAUAAAAUUGGGUGAAACUGAAGAAAAAGUGCAGCAAGAGGACGGCAGCACGGCACUUUGUUUGGUUGAGUCGCAUAUACGGCUGGAUUACAACACCGGCGAGUGGAAGACAUUCCAAAAUUACCGACGUCUCGAUCAAAGCGUGCAAGGACAAGGUGUGGACGGCAGCGCAAACGGUGGCACCGGUGGAGCUGGCGGCGUCAUGCAAGCACAGAAUUCUGUUGUUAUUUAAAGGAAAUGCGCGUCAAACUACCGGCUGUUGUCGUUAUUGUUGUAACAGCAUUUAAUCUAACCUCAAUCAUGGGAGCAAACUGCGUGUCAUUGCGCGUGUGCUGCACAAUGUAGAGACUGCACUGCGUUUUGCUUGGUCAAAGUUGCUGUGUGUGCGCGUGUGAAAAUGGCAUUCAAGAAGACGAUUGACUCAAUAAAGAGCAACAAUAUAUUAUGUGAGAGAAAUGUGAAAGCAAAACUACUAACUCGUCUAGGUGCAAUUCGUCUGCAGCUGUGUGCUGAGUUGAAAGCCAGACGUACAUAAUCCUUAGUCAGCGCAGCAUUUAUACAGGCAUAAGUUGAAACCAAAUCGCUUAGUAGAUGCAAAUUACUAAAUAUUAUUUUUGUUAUAUGUAUAUCACUGAUGAUUUGAUGCCUAAAUUUACAAAGAUCAUCUCGUUUUGUAUUUAUACCAGUCUGCAUAUAUCUAUACUUAAGUAACGGUAUGUGUAUACACCACUACAUUCAAUGUAUCUUUCGUAUGCGCUCAAGAAUUCGCUGCUGAAUUUGAAAAACGGCAAAACUCGGCGUAAUUUAAAAUAGCUUUUCUCUUAGUUAUAGUGAUUACUAAAAUAAAAUUCGAAAAAUAAAGGCAAACGGCAAACAAGGUUAUAUAAUCAAAAAUAAUGGCACCGGAUGUAAUGUAGCCAAUAAAAUUAAUAUUUUUUUAAAUGGACUUAUUGCAAUGACUUUUUACGUUUCGUACGCAGCUGCCCCGUCAGUCGUUUACGUUCAAACCAAAUUGUAUUUUCACAAAAAAGCAAAUGCAGAAAUGCAAAACUAAAAAGUAAAAAAACUGGCGCCGGCGACAUCUAUAAUCUACAUUGUGUAUUUUCAAUUGAUUUUCACUACCUAAUUAAUUCACCUAAAAUAUAUAUAUGUACACAUACAUAUGUAUGUAUAUUAUAAUAUACAUAUAUAUGCUUAGCUGUACAGAGGAAUGUAGUUUAAAUGUUUAGUAGUGCGUGGAAUAUACUACCAUUUAGUUUAUUAUCUAUCAAAAAGCGCCCACUAAUCGCCGGUGUAUGUAUGUACACACACACAUAAACGCCAAUCGCUAAUUUUCAAAAUGUUGCGCAUAUAUGGUAAAUUUUUAUGUAUGUGAGUGAAACUGCGUUAAAAUGUUGCUGCAUAGAGCUGAAUAACUUGUAUUUAAAAUAAAUAAAUAAUUAAUAAUAAUGAUAAUUUUUUUAGCGUACUAUAUUAUAUUAUAAAUUUGAGAAACAGAAAAAAAACUAAUGCUUAAGCCGUGGGUAUAAAUACCGUUAAUACUAUGUAAUAAUGAUUAUGAUAUAAAUAUGUAUUAGUUGAGAAUUUGAAUUGUAUACAUAUGUAUGUAGUUAUAGAGAUAUAUGAAUUUGGAAAUGAAAUUAAGGUAUACAAAUAAACUACACACAUACAUUACUAUUAUGGCUUAAUGUUAAAAUAUAAAAAAAUGCUCCUGAUAA